GCCUAACUAGAGCUGUCAAUUCGCGUUUAGAUAAUACUUACGCGGAACAUGUACUUAUGUUACGUCUGCUAGUUAGUAACAACCUGUGUUGCACCGAAUACGCCGGGCAAAGAAGAAGAGUGACAUGAUAAAUUCUUUAUUGAUUUUCCGUGGCGAGAAUUCGAAGAGGGAAGCUCGAUAUUCAAAUGAGUGUGUGAUACGAAAGAGAAACAGUCUUCUUAGGAAAUAUGGAUCGCUUCCAAACGGACUGUAGAUAUGAUUGUUACAAGCUAUGUAGAAAACUUUUGCUACUCAGUGGUCUGUGGCCUUAUGACAAGUUCAGAAACAGGCUGCUUCAUAUGGGUGUUAUCAUUGUAUAUGAUAUUUCUAUUAUGUUUGUACAGAUAGCAAACUAUUUCGUCUGCGACACAAUACAGUGCGUUUUUAAAACUUUACCUAUGAAUAUGAUGGCGGUAAUGGUGUUGGUGAAAAUAUUCACGUACCAUUUUAAUAGGCAGAAGAUUAAAGGCCUCUUAGAACACUUACACUCAGACUGGAAUGUACUGCAUUGUGAAGAAGAAUUUGUUAUCAUGAAGAAAUACGCUGAAACUGGUAGAUUCUACUCGUUUUUCUAUGCCACAAGCAUAUAUUCGAUUACCUUUUUUAUAUUCGGAUGCACGGUUCUCGUGUCACGUUUCAUGGACAUUGUGUCUCCUUUGAAUGAAAGUCGUCCUAUAAUAUUGCCGUGUCCAGCAAACUACUUCGUCGACGAGGAAGAAUAUUUUUAUUAUAUUUGUGUCCAUCUAUUAAUCGGUGCUUUUGUAUGUAUUACCGGAUUGGUCGCACACGACUGCAAUUUCUUCACUUUCGUCGAGCACGUUUGCGGUCUCUUCGAAAUUGUGGGCUUCAGAUUUGAACAUUUGUUAUAUGAACGAAAUAUUAAGGAAAAAAGCUUGAUUGAGUUUUCGGAUAACAUUUAUGUCAAGAACAUCGAGUUUUCCAUUGAAGCUCACCGGCGGGCCCUCCAUUUCGUUGCCCUGCUCGAAAACACUUUCUGCUUAUCCUUCGCAGUACAACUCUUGAUAGUUACGACCGGCAUGAGCAUAACUUUAUUAUAUAUCUCUUCAGAAUUGCAGGGUGACAUGAUAGAAGUGGUGAGAUUCGUUCCUUUUGUAAUUGGUCAAUUGGGCCAUUUACUUAUUUACAGUUACGAGGGGCAAAAGAUAAUAAAUCAUAGUCUUGAAUUGUGCCAGAAAAUUUAUAAUGGUUUGUGGUACAACAUACCAGUGAAAUCGCAACGGCUGUUGUUGUUCGCGAUGAGGAAGAACGUAGAGCCUAGUUUUGUGUCCGCUGGGAAAAUUUACAUAUUUUGCUUGGAAAGUUUUACUUCGGUAAAGUGUUGCAAUGCUCGCUCUCGUACUUUACGGUAUUGUCAACUUUCAACGAGCCAUAAUAAUGGAGCAGAUGAUUCUAGUGACUCGUCUAGUGAAACAACUUUUCAACAUAUCGCAGAAGUGACGUUACGAGCAAUGUGAGAUAACUGUAUCUCUCCAAUAUACUUGAUAUGUUUUCUUGAGCAACUUGCGGCCAAACAUCAAUAAAUACGUAUUUUAUUAUCGAUAUCAGAAUACAACCGAGUACAUUUUCCCAUCUCACACACGUGUUACAUGUCGCGGACGCUCCUCAUAUCCGUUUUUUGUUUCUGCGAAGAAUGCAGCUUUCGCAUCUAUUCACGAGGGUUUCGAACAUUGGUAAAUGCAAGUACAUAAUAAUCGGAUGUCUACAGUCUGAUUGAUACCUUCCGAUCCCAGGGAGAUGUCGUAUACGUAUAACUACUUAUACCACGUAGGGAUAUAAACACUGUGGUAUAAAAAUAUAUGCAGUUGUCAAUCAUUAGAUAAUAACUUAAGAUUGCAAUACGAUGGGUUUCCUACGAUGGGGAUAAUAUUUGCGCGUGCUACAC